AUGUAUCCAAGUCGCUGCAAGGAGUCAGCAAGCAUAUGCCGCCACUUGGCCAGUCACAAGGGUUUCGGGGAGAACAUUGUCCGGCGUGGACCAGGGUGCCGGCUAAUUUGUCUGCUAUGGUCGUUAAUACGAAUCGCCGAGGACGAAAGUUUCCACCCCCGGUGCAACUUCCUCUCCCUCUGCGAGGCCAUCCAUACAAUGUCGCUAGCCCUGGACGUGAUUACUGACAGCCGUGUCCUCGUGCGGCUUGCGCUACUUGGUGCGAUCUUCGUCUUGUUUCGAAUAUACAAAUCUAUAAUUGCCCCGGCCAAACCAUGGCCCAAUUUUCCCGUGAUCAAACUCGAUGGGCUGGAUGCCGCAACCAGCUGGACCGAACACGCUUUAGAGACGAUAUUUCGGGGCCGGGAAGCCACCAAUGACGGCUUCUUCCAGAUCAUAACGGGCAAUGGGCCUAAGAUUGUCGUUCCAAACCGAUUCCUCGAGGAAAUCAAAGCCAACAAGGAUCUGGACGCACAAAAGGGCUUGGACGCGCAAAAGGCCUUCUCCACAGAGCAUUUCUGGACUUACUCUGGUAUGAUCGGCUUCAAGGCGAUGAGGAACUACCCAGAACCAAUCCGACAUGUAGUGCGUGGAAAGGUCAACGCUGCUAUGCUUGCGAUGACGAAGGAGCUAGCCGCUGAAGCAGUCGCUGUUAUUGAUGCAUCCAUGCCUUCGAAAGAUGCUGCAGAUGAUGAGUGGCAUUCCGUAUCGAUGCAGCCGGUCUGUGAGGAGAUUGUCGCCCGCCUCUCCACAUUAUUGUUCCUCGGCCGAGACGCCUGUCGGGACCGCGAAUGGCUUGAUGUAGUUAGGACCUACACCUUCAAUGCCUUCAGGACAUCGGCAAGACUUCGCGCCUGUUCACCUAUCUGGCGGCCGCUGGCGCAUCGCUUCUGGUUCUCCGAGAGCAAAAUGGUGCGCAAACAAUGUGCCCACGCUGAUAUGAUGAUUAAACCAAUGAUUGAGAAACGCCAAAAGCUGAUCGCUGCCGGUGAGUAUAAAUCCCUCAAGGUGGGCGAUACGCUUGGCUGGUUACUGGAGGCAAGCCAGCGCUUUGGAAAAUAUAUAGACUGCGUCGGUUCGCAGAUGCUGUUGACGCUUGGUGCGGUGCACAAUACAACAGAGACAAUGAAUGUCGCUGUACUAGACAUCUGCAAAAACCCUGAUGUUGUGCAGCCAUUGAGGAAUGAGAUCGUAAGGGUGUUGAAGGAAGAAGGAGGAUGGACCAAAAAUGUCUUCUCCAAGCUGCACCUGAUGGAUAGUUUCCUGAAGGAGUCGCAAAGGAUGCUUCCGCUCGUGAUGAUGCAGAAUAAUAUUGCUCCUUUACGGCGCAUCGUCACCCGCAGAACCGUUCUCUCCGAUGGCACCGUCCUACCAAAAGGCGCAUUCGUUACCUUCGCGGGCAAUAACAUGGAUCCAUCUGUAUAUCCUAACCCCGAUGUCUUUGAUGCAUAUCGCUUCUUGCGUCUCCGAGGCAAGCACAACGACGGGUUCCAAUAUACAGGACUCUCAACCGACAUGAUCCAGUUCGGAUACGGUUCAUGGGCAUGUCCAGGCCGCUUCCUCGCCGUGACGGAGCUUAAACUUGCACUGGUGUUGUUCUUGAUGGAAUUCGAUUUCUGUCUGGAUGAGACUUCGCAAGAAUAUGUACGACAUUCCGCGGGAGCCAACAUGUCGAAUCGGGGAGCAACGAUCAAAGUGCGGCGUAGGAAGGAGAAGGAGAUUGAUCUGAUGGCGAUGUUAGAAUGA